AUGGUUCGUGACAGGGUGGAUGUCAUUGUAUGCAUUGAUGCUUUUUUUACUCACAAGAGAAGAAACCCUGCAAAAGGUGGGGCAAAGGGACCUGAAAAUCUGCAUCCUGAUACAGUAUUUGUGCCUGAGAAAUAUGUAAUGGAGAUGAAGGCUUUAGUUGAAACAGUUUGA